CCCACCUCGCUCUCCUUUACGGGAAGUGAUGUGGGGCCAGACGGAAAAUACCCGCCAAGGACCCAAAAAGGGCCGGCAACCCGUGGACGCGGCGCGCGCGCGGGCACAGCGGCGCGGGGACAGCGAGCUCCAGCCAGACAAAAAGUAACCUUUUUGAAGAGGACAUGUGAUUGGACGCUGUCUAAUUGUUGAAGUGUUGGGAGCAACAUUUCUAAAGUUUUAGAAUAACCACCAACGACUUACACUCCCUCCUUCAAGGUGAACCACUGAGUUCUUCAUUAUGUCUGAUGGCGACUACGAUUACCUCAUCAAGUUUUUGGCUUUGGGAGACUCUGGAGUAGGGAAGACCAGUGUACUUUACCAGUACACAGAUGGUAAAUUUAACUCCAAAUUUAUCACGACAGUGGGCAUUGAUUUCAGGGAAAAGAGAGUGGUGUAUAGAGCCAAUGGACCCGAUGGAGCCAUUGGCAGAGGCCAGAGAAUCCAUCUGCAAUUAUGGGACACAGCAGGGCAGGAGAGGUUUCGUAGCUUGACAACAGCCUUCUUCAGAGAUGCUAUGGGGUUUCUUCUGCUUUUUGAUCUGACGAAUGAGCAGAGUUUCCUCAAUGUCAGAAACUGGAUAAGCCAGCUACAAAUGCAUGCAUAUUGUGAAAACCCAGAUAUAGUGUUAUGUGGAAAUAAGAGUGAUCUGGAAGACCAGAGAGUAGUAAAAGAGGAGGAAGCAAGAGGACUUGCAGAGAAAUAUGGAAUUCCCUACUUUGAAACUAGUGCUGCCAACGGGACAAAUGUAAGCGAAGCAAUCGAGAUGCUUCUGGACCUGAUAAUGAAGCGAAUGGAACGGUGUGUAGACAAAUCCUGGAUUCCUGAAGGAGUGGUCCGGUCCAAUGGUCACACCUCUAGAGAUCACUUGAAUGAAGAAAAGGAGAAGGGGAUCUGUGGUUGUUGAAGAGUCCAGUGAGCUACACAGUCAUUCAAGUGGCCCGCGUCUGUGGUCUUUUCUAUGGGCGAUACAUGGCACAGAGAGAGAUGAACAGGCAUUGCGUACAAACUGCUUCUACCAUUUCACUUAGACCUCUCUGGUUUUAAAAUUUAUUUGCUGCAGCUCUGUAAGUACUUAACAUUCAGCCCCAGAGUUAUGAGAAAUAUUUCGCAGAGCCACAAGUGCCUUAUAAAACCUUAGUGCAUGGCAGUAGAUGAUUCAGAAUUGAGGAAUUCAUAGCCACAGCAGAGUGCAUUUAUUAUGUAGAAAGACUAAAGAUACCAUCAUCUGCCUUAACAUACAUCAGUCCAGAGUCUAACACUCAAAGUCUUAGAUACAAUGAUAAAACUACCAAUCUUUAAUCCAAAUUAAAAUACCCUACUACUCGUACUGUGGGUGACCUUAUAAAAUGCCAUGUAAACCACUUGAUUGUUAAAUAAGAAUAUACACAAACAUCAGUUCAAUGUCCUUGAGUAUUAAUUUAUGUGAAGAGUGUCUUUAAAUGAAUAUAGCAUAGAUGAUGCUUAUAUCUAUAGACUGGAUAAAGUGGAUUGACCAAUUGCAUAUUCACUAUGACUCUUGUUGGUAGGAAGGGGGUUGAGGGUGAGGUUAGGGGUACCUUAAUAUAGUAUAAGCAACGGAAGUGGGGCUUCUAGCUUCCUGCUAUAUUCCCACUGCUCUGAAGGGUUGAUUGAAGGAUCAGGGAAUUAAAUUUUUGUGGCUUUAUUUCACUAUGAUCUGUGUGUUUAUACUUGGCCUACACACUGGCCACAUUUGAACAUAGCUGGUGCUUAUGCCAAAGUUAUUUGUGAUAAGUAAGCAUUUAGCUUCUUUUUCUUCAUAUUUAUAAUGUUGGUCUGGCAUCCUCAGACUGCAGUUUUAAUUAACUUGUAAACUACUAAUUUUUUGUCUUCGCCGUCAUGCUUUGUAUUAUUGAUAUUUGCAACUUGUUUUAUUUUUACAUUGGUGGAGUUGAAGGAAUUAGAUUUUAAUUACAUAAAAUGUUUGCUAUUUGGUAGAAGAAGGAUGUUUGUAUUUAAGCAGUUACAUUUAUAUUAUAGCUCAAUAUAAGAAAAAUGAAGCCUUAACUAGCCUAUAUUUUUUAUUGAGAUCACAGGCAUUUAUUGUACUUGCUGGGUCUUGCCAAGAUCAUGAAUUCCUCUGCAUUGCCUAAGUGUCUUUGUAUCAGAUUAAAGUUAGUUUUAAAAUAUGCUUCGUGGCAGGUGUUUAUAAAGGUCAGAGGGGAAAUUCUUAUUUAUUAAAGUGGUUUAAGAAAAUUAGAUUAAAAUUUCCAAAGAGCUUAAUGGCUAUUUAGAAAGAAUUACCAUUCAUUAUAAUUUAAACAAAGAAUAAUAAUAAAUGCAUCUUGUGGUGGCAAAUGAUUGGAAGAACUGUAGUUAGGAGCAUACAGCUAUGAUGGAAGUAAUUACUUUUACAUGGUUAUUUUCAAAUAGCUUUCUAUUGAGUAUCUAUCCUAUUUCUUUGCCACUUCCUUCCUACUACUCCCUUAAAAAAAUUAGCUGUGAUCACUGAGAUCUUAUAUGUUUCUAUCCUUGAAGUGAAGACUUCUUUUAAAUACUAAGGAAGUCAUUGAAUCCUAUGCAUUUGGAUUGUAUAUUCCAGCAAGGAAAAGAUCCAGACAUUACAAGGUAGUGCCCUAAUCACAGCAGUACCUUCUGAAGUUGCUGUAGACUUCAGUGGAGCAAAUCCUAAUUUUACAGCUAUGUAUCAGGUGUCAUUUUAUAUGAUCUGUUAUGUAGUUCAAAAGAAGACAUUGUAUGUUUCACCUUUUUCAAGAACCAAACAGCAAUUAGCUAAUUCUCCAUUGGCUUUAAGCAUAAUACACAAUUAAACAUAUGCAUGAUACAGUAUACAUGCAAGAACUAUCUUUAAUUAUCGAAAUAAAUAACCUGUAUUCUCUUUGGAAAUCCUUUGUUUGAAUUUGGUGUUAAAGUAUCAUUUUUGGGCAUCAGUGCAUUUUUCUAUUUAUAAGACUGUGUAAAAGUGAAGUGUAUUCUAAGCGAACUUUGUGCCAAUUAAGCUUUUAAUUAAAAAGUGGUCUAGGCUGCCAA